UAUAGAAAGUGAAAAAAGUGGAAGAAUUAAGCUCAACGUGUCCUGCAAUGCUGCAGGCUGUACUCGCCACUCACUUAUGAAAAAAAUAGUCAGCUGCAGUGGCCACUAGCCUCUGUCCACUUGGCAGUUUGGCAGUUGUUUUGUAACCUACUGUUUAUAGUUGUUGGAUGCAGACAUACAGACAUUUGUACAUAAUAAAGUUAUUUAAAAAAAAAAUUAUUUCAUACUAUAGUUUCAAUUAGUGUUCAUAAUGUCUGACUUUGAUUCUAUAAUUGCAUUGCUUAAAAAAUAUGAUCAAGAACAUAUUGUUAAAUUUUGGAACAGACUCGAUGAAAAAGAAAAAGAAUUUCUGCUGAAAGAUAUUCGCGAACUGAACAUUCCUGAAGUAGUUGGAAUGUUUAAAAAAACUGUUGAAACUAUGAAUGUCAAUCAACAAAAAUUGGAUAAUAGAAUGAAUCCUAUACCCGCUGAACUAUAUGGUGCUGUGAACCGCAGCCCAAAAGAACUUUUAAUUAAAUAUGAGCAAAUUGGACUUGAACAGAUAUCUCAAGGCAGAGUUGGAGUCUUGUUAAUGGCUGGAGGGCAAGGUACAAGGCUUGGAGUUAACUACCCUAAAGGUAUGUAUGACAUCGGUUUGCCUUCUCAUAAAUCGUUAUACCGUAUACAAGGGGAACGUAUUCGUUGCCUAAUUAGGCUAGCAAAUAAAGAUUUUGGAAGCAGUAAAGGUUUACCUUGGUUUAUAAUGACUAGUGAACAUACUAUGGAACCUACUCGUAAAUACUUCAAGGAAAAUAAUUAUUUUGGCUUAGAUGAAAAAAAAAUUAUAUUUUUUGAACAGUAUAUGUUGCCAGCAUUUACAUUUGAUGGUAAAAUCAUUAUGGAAGGUAUAAAUAAAAUAUCUAAAUCUCCAGAUGGUAAUGGAGGUAUAUAUAAAGCUUUACGUGAUCGUAAUGUACUUGAUGAGAUUAAAAGGCUAGGUGUUGAGUACCUCCAUGCUCAUAGUGUAGAUAAUAUAUUAGUUAAAGUAGCUGAUCCAAUAUUUAUUGGGUACUGCAUAACAAAAAAUGCCGAAUGUGGGGCUAAAGUUGUAGAAAAAGCAUAUCCUUCAGAGCCUCUAGGUGUUAUAUGUGAAGUUGAUGGAAAAUUUCAAGUUGUUGAAUAUAGUGAAAUAACUGAAAAAACAGCUGAAAAAAGAAAUCCUGACGGUCGUUUAACCUUUAGUGCUGGUAAUAUUUGCAAUCAUUUUUUUACAACAGAUUUUUUAAACAAUGUUGCACAUAAAUAUAAUAGUGAAUUAAAAUUGCAUGUGGCUAAAAAAAAAAUAUCUUAUGUGAAUGAUGAUGGUAUCAUAUGUAAACCAGAAGAACCAAAUGGUAUCAAAAUGGAAAAAUUUAUAUUUGAUGUAUUUGAAUUUUGUAACCGUCUUGCUGUUUGGGAAGUAGAAAGAAAUGAAGAAUUUAGCGCUUUGAAGAAUGCAGAUGUGCCUAAUGGUAAAGAUAACCCUAAAACUGCACGAUUGGAUGUAUUUUCACUUCAUAGAAAAUUUGUUGAAAAAUCUGGAGGAAAAUUUACAACAGAAAACAUUGAAUGUGAAAUUUCUCCUCUAUUAUCUUACUGUGGUGAAGGUCUCAAGCACUUGGUCGAUGGUAAAAGUUUUAAUUCCGUACUAGAAUUAAAAUCUGUUGAAGAAAUAUCGAAUAAUAAGUUCUAAUGUAAAUUAAAUUUUUGUUUUAUUCAUACCCUAAGUGGGUUAAACAUUUUAUGAUUGGUUUUAAUGAGUAGGGUAUCAGUUUUCUAAAUUUAUACCAACUGAAAUUUGAUUUUAAAUAUGUAACUAGUUAUUUCCACAAAAAUGGCUUAGCUUUUAUUAUUGGUUUAAAGUUAUAUACUUGUCUAAGUUAUUAAGUUUUCAUAUUAUUAAUAAUUAUCAUUAUACUGUGAUAAAUUUCAAACACUCUGUUACUUAAAUAUUGUAGAACUAUUUUUGUAUAGUUAAAUUUUUCUAAUUCUAUAGUAUAUUUUUAUACAUUUUAGUUUUUUAUUUUAAUAUGAAACAAUUAUAAUAUAUGUUAUGAGUUUGUACUAAUAAUACCGUACUUAAAAUUUUAAAUAACUAAUUCAAAUAUUUUUGUAAUGUGUAAAUGUUUUUUUGUAAAGUCUAUAUUAUUGUUACUUUUUAAGUGACUUAAAUGUAUUAGUUCAUGAAUUAUUUUUUAUUCAUAAUAAUAAUAUCAUGUAACCCUGGCAGAAAAUGCAAUAAGUUCAUUUCUUAAAUAAAUAAUACUUGUUUUUAAUGAGA